AUGGUUGCCAGUGUUCGUGCGGCUGUGGAUAUCAAGGUGCGGCUUCUAGGAGAAGCUCUUGUUGCAGUUGAGUCUAUCGCAAAUGUACUUCCAGAUCUUAGAAACAGCCCUUUAGGAGACGAUAAAGCCGGUAUCUAUGUCGACCUGAAUGGCCUUCAUAAGCUAGUCGACGUCGGUGACAAACUCGACGCGGUCCUUGGGGUCGGAGCAUUGGCAGUGAUCGUUUUGGAGAGCCGCGGGUGUGUCGUAGCCUUGUCCACAGAUGUCUCAAUGCCAUAG